GUGUGUGUGUGUGUGUGUGUGUGUGUGUGUGUGUGUGUGUGUGUGUGUGUGUGUGUGUGUGUGUGUGCGUGUGCGCUAGUUAAGGGGACACACAUACAUAGAGAUAGUGGCUGCCUUUAUGUUCUAACAGAAGAGAACAGAGUCCGGAUUUUAACCUCCUAAUCUCUAUAGUCAUUCACACAAGAUCACGCACGUGUAUGAAGUGUGUUUAUUUUUUUUAGCGUAUCAUAGAGGCACAGUGAGAAACUGAUGAACGCUCUGCGUCACAGCGAGACUGCCGACAAACGCGCCUCAUGUCAUUCUUGGACUGUUCCUGUAUCUCCGCCCACUCUCAGGUCCAGCCAAUCAGCUGUGAGGACCAGUAUGAGGACAUCAGUGGGUCGUACCUGAGCAGCGAUGGCUCAUUCUUUGGAGCUGAUUAUGACCUCUCCAGCUUGUCUGCUGAACCUGCAGACUAUCAGCUGCUCUCAGUACUCGGACGGGGUUUUAACAACCUUAGCCAGGUGUGCAUGGCCCGUCACAGACCAUCCGGUCGACUGGUGGCGGUGAAAAACACCAAUCUGGACGAGUGUACGGAGGAGGAACUAUUGCAGCUUAUGAAUGAGGCUCUGUUGUCCAGACUGUUUCGUCACCCGAACCUGCUGACGUCCAGAUUAGUGUUCAGUUCCUGCUGCCAGCUUUGGGUUCUCUCUCCGCUAAUGAGCUACGGUUCUGCAGACUCAUUACUCAGGUCAUUUUUCCCAGAUGGAAUGAGUGAAUCUCUGGUUGCGUAUUUGCUUUACGGAGUCCUGAAUGCUCUGAAGUACCUGCACCGCAUGGGCUACAUACACAGAGGUGUGAAGGCGAGUCACGUGCUGCUCUCAGCAGGGGGCAACGUGUGCCUUUCGGGCCUGCAGUGUGUGUACAGUCUGAUGAGAGACGGGAAGAGGAUGGAGGUUGUGUUUGAUAUGCCGCAACACACACCCUCACUGCUCCCCUGGCUCAGCCCCGAGCUCCUCAGACAGGACCUUCAUGGUUACGGAGUGAAGUCAGAUAUCUACAGUGUGGGUGUGUUGGCACUGGAGUUAGUCAGUGGAAGAGUUCCGUUCCAGGACCUGCCCCCAACCCUGAUGUUACUGCAGAAGCUGCGUGGCUCUCUGAGCUGCAUGCUUGAUGGCGCCCCCUACGCUCUGGGAGAAUUCAGCACGCUGAAGGUGUCUCGUUCUGGAGUGGACUCUGGGAUUGGAGAGAGCGUCGCUGCAGGAAGUCUAACUCGCACCGCCACAGCAGAGAGACCACAGAGCCCCACCCCCAAAAACCACUCUGCCACUUUACACAACCUGCUACAGCUUUGUCUACAACAGCAACCUGAACACAGGCCAUCAGCAUCAGCUCUCCUCACUCAUCCCUUUUUUAAACAGGUAAAGAAACACACCCUGGACUCGUUCCUCAGCCUGGUGUACCCAGCCAUUCCUCUCUCCUGCCCCGUGGACGCCCCCCCGUCUCCACCUCCACUCCAGAUUGACACACACACCAACACAAACCCUGAGUCUGUGGAUGGAGGAGUGUGGGAUUUCUCCUAAUACACACUCUGUAUUGUACACCUUAUACACACCCUGUACACACUCUGUACACACUUUAUACACACUCUAUACACACUCUCUACGCCCUCUUUCAGCCUGACAUCAGUUCCUCUCUGAAUUACAUGGUAUCUAUUUGUCCUAUUUCUCAAACCGGAGAUCCAUCUACAGUUCACACACUCUUUUUCUACUGUGAUCCUCUGUAGCAGCUGAUUCUGUCCUUGUUAUACAGUGAAAAUCGUCACCUUCAUCAUCCAGUCUUUGCUCUGUUGUGAUCAGGAAUCAUGGCCAGUUACAGUGAGUCACAGACAGUGGGUCACAGACAGUGAGUCACAAACAAUUGUCACAGACAGUGGGUCACAGACAGUGAGUCACAAACAAUUGUCACAGACAGUGGGUCACAGACAGUGGGUCACAGACAGUGAGUCACACAGUGGGUCACAGACAGUGGUCACAGACAGUGAGUCACAGACAAUUGUCACAGAUAGUGAGUCACACAGUGGGUCACAGACAGUGAGUCACACAGUGGGUAACAGACAGUGAGUCAAAGACAAUGAGUCACAGUUGUCACAGACAGUGGGUCACAGACAGUGGUCACAGACAGUGGGUCACAGACAAUUGUCACAGACAGUGAUCACAGACAGUGGGUCACAGACAAUUGUCACAGACAGUGAUCACAGACAGUGGUCACAGACAAUUGUCACAGACUGUGGGUCACCUGACAAUUGUCACAGACAGUGGUCACAGACAGUUAUUCACAGACAGAUCACAGUGGCUGAUGUGAUAAACAGCAGAAGUAGAAACAAGUUCUUAUACGUAGGAAAUUAACAUGUCUAUAUUUUUCCAACAUUAUUUUUCCGUUCUAACUCCAGUUGUCAAUAUUUGUCACUUUUGAUAUUAAAAUUAUAUUUAAAUUUUCUUUAAAAAAAAAAAAAAAGCUUGACACACUAAAGCCUUUAAAGUAGUAAAAUAAGUGCUUUGCUUACAUAAAGAAAAUGAUUGAGAAACUAGUGAUUAAAAUAACAAUAUGAUAUAUAUGGGGGGGGGGACUGAAGCUCUUUCUGUUCUCCUGCCUUAUUUAUCUACUUUGAUUAAGACACCAUGUUCUUACGAGGUCUUUUUUUUUUUAAUAGUAUAUAUUUUGCCUUUAAAAUAGUAAAAUAAUACAUAGAGAGAGGGAGAGAGAGAAGAGAGGCUUCUGCAUUAUUUAACCCCUUAAGGUUCCACCAGUGUCAAAAUUUGUCUUGCGUUCAUGAAUAAUGUUUUCUUCUGAAGCCUUUAUAGAUUUUUAGACAUUACUGCAUUGUUAAACCUCAGUGACUUCUGACACACCACUGUAGUCCUGAAACCGAUAUACUGAGCCUCCGACGCUGUGAAAAUGAAGUGUGUAUGUGACAGUAAUGUUUGUGUAAUGUAAUGUGUGUGUGUGUGUGUGUGUGUGUGUGUGUGUGUUCCCCCCCAUGAGCGACCUCUCCAAAACCUUUGAAUUUUUUUCCCGGUGUAGAAACCUGAACCUCGUGUUAACAGAACCUGUGAAGAAACACACUCACUUCCAAACUGUUGAAGAACUACAGACUGUGACUGUCUCUUCUUGUUUAUUUUUUAUGCUGUUAUGUAAACUGUAUGAAUCAUUAUAAUAGUAUAUAAAUAUAUUCUUACCCACUUU